AUGGUUUUAUCGAAAACUUCUUUGGCAACUCCUCAAUUUCACGGAUUCACAGAAAACAGAGAUGUCUGUGAAAGAGGGAAUGGUAACUACUUCUGGAGGUGCGCCGUGUGCCGUCCCAGCCGGGCCUGGGUGUGGGUGUGCGGCGGGCUGCGCGGCGCCCCGCGGGCCGGGCCGCGGUGCACGGCGGCGGCGGGACGCGCGGUGGCGCCUGCGGAGCGCUCAGCGCGGGGCACUGCGGCGGGAUCCGCUGCACCGGCAGCGCUGCGGAAACCCGCAACCGGGGGUGGGGGCAGACAAACGAAAAGCAGCCCCGACCGCGGAGCUGUCAAGGCGAAAACAAGGCAUUUUAGGGUCUCUCAUCCGUCGUCUCCCGGAGUUCUGGCACGACGCCCGUUUAUCACCCGGUGGCGAGCUCCCGCCCUGGAGCAUGCCAGGUGCCUCUCGGCACGGUGCCUCCGUCCUCCCGGCGGGGCACACAGUCCGCGCAGGCGGCGGCGCGCUGCCCAUCCCGUGGGGUGCGUGUACGCCUGUAUGAGUAUGUGUGUACAUGUAUAUGUACGUGCGAGGCUGAAAGCUCAAGCUCAUUUUGUGGAGUUUCUGCCCCUCUCUGCGUCAGCCCCACGUCACUUUGCCGGCAGCUCCCCGUCUUGGGCUGGAGCAGGAGCCGGAGCGGCUUUAUUAUCAGCUGGAGGGAGGGAGGAGGAGACGGUGCAUAAAGGGGCGAGCGCGGAGCUCUGAGCCCCGCCGCCGCCGCCGCUCGCUGCGCCUCCCUCGCCGCCCGCUCGCCGUCCCUCCGGCGGGCAGCGGCCGCCCGAGCCCCCGCAGAUAGGAGCGCAGCCUCCGCCACCUGCCCCCGCCGCCCCGCGCGUUUUGCAGCAUCAUCGGCAGCAGCCGCGGGGGCAGGCGGUGCCGCUGUCCGCCCGCGGGGCUAGGGGCAGGUGCCGCGCCGCGCCGGAGGCCCCGCUCGCCCCUGUCGCCGCGG